AUGCCACGAACAGAUCGGUUCGACGAUGUUUUGGGAUUAGGAUAUGAUCCUAAAUCUAAAGAUUACAAAGUUGUCAAAAUUGGAUUUUCUGGUUCAGAAUUGCAUGGCGGCACAAAACAUUUGAUUAUUCAUCCUCCCAAGGUGUACUUCAAGGGGAUGUGUUAUUGGAUAGGAAGUGAGCAACAAAAGGAAUUUGCCCAUAGCUAUGAUGCCGCCUAUCCUGAGCAAGAAAAAAUUAGGCGAGUGAUCGUUUUGUUUGACAUGAGUCGUGAGGUGUUUCAUGACAUACUGUUACCACAUGAGAUGGUAGAGUUCAACGAUUUCGAAGGAAUUGGUAUUGAAAUGCGUCUUAAGGUGUGGAAUGAAUCCAUCGCUUUCUUUCGCUUGAAUCAUAAUACUUUUGAAGAUGGUGACACACCACCCUUUGAAAUGUGGCUAAUGGAUGAUGAUUCUGGUGGCGGUGCGAAAAAUGAGGGUGGUGUUUGGACAAAACACAUUGCAUACAAGAUCCCGUCGUUCUCAGAGUCCCGCUUGCCCCUGCACUACACAAUGGCAAUGUGGAAAAGCGACGAGGUUCUUAUAGUAGAGGAAAAUGGAGGCAUAGUCUGCUAUAACUUCCGUACUAAGAAGCUUAAAAAUCUUCCCAUUCAAACUGCUGUAAGGAUCACUCCCCGUUUUCCUCCGCAAUCGUAUUAUUUUCCACUGUGCAAAGAAAAUCAUUUGCCCGUUGUAUAUGUGAAGAGUAUGGUUUCGGUCAUGGAAGGCAACAAGUACAUGAGCACGUAG